AUGGAAACCCAGGACGAUAGCAUCGACCUUGCAAAGUUGCAACGCGACGCGUUGGGGCUAGUAUGUAACGACCCUGCAGCGUCUCUCGCCCUUAGUGGACUGACCCGGACAUUUCAGGAGGACGAUCCAUCUCAGCUGUACCUUUUGAGACCUGCAAAAACUGUCAACAAAUCGAAUCACACUCUUUUUUGCACAUACCACAAAGUCAACGGUGCUUCCACUGGUGACGAAGUGUGCACCGGCGAAUACCUACCUCCGAACACACCAUCAAACCCCGCGAGCCUUGUGCGCCAACACCAACCCACUCCGUGUCGAGCUCGGCAGCAUGAAUCUUGCUCAAUGAUGUCCAAAAAGAGUGGCAAUGAAGUGGGUAUGGUACUAGGAUCGCAAUUCGGCAACAUGAGCUCCGCAGAGGCUGCUCCUGGGGAUACUCAGGUCGUCUCGCAGUCAGUAUAUGAUAGCAUUAUCAGACAAAAUGGGGAAUCCAUGCAUCAAAGUUACUCUCAAUCAGGAGCCGAUGGAGCGACACUGAGGACAUUACAUGAGGGCGAUAGCGGCCAUAUCGACCUGCUUUCCGAAUUCGACGCCGCGCAUACAACGAAUCUCUCCCAAGAUGACGAUGACAAUGAAGAUGAGAGCGUCUCCGAUCCGAACGAGUCUUCUCCAAUGACAUAUGCACCCGAUCUCUUCCCCGAAUCGCAACGUUUCCUAGCAGAAACGCCUGGGACAGUGGUGAAAAAUAACGAGACAAAUAAUGGAACAACAGAAACACCGAGCAUCUCGCGGAAUCCCCUGGCCAGUGUCAUAGAGUCAAGUGGUGGUCUUCUUGGCCUGAGCCAAGUUUUCGGGGCUACCCAGGUCCCGUCGUCUCCAAUUGUCCACGGCUUACAGACGGAUCUUGUGUCGGAUCGUCCGUCGCCCAAUGUCCCGAUCCAGCCCGCUCGUGUUGUUAAUGGUAUCUCAUCGCCGUUGAUGGGCUUCCCGGUUCAGUUCAUGAGGGAAUCAUCCGAGCCGAAUAUGAAUUAUAUAUCAAUGAAGGAAUCGCAGACAAAGCGCGACAGGACUUUGGGGGAGAGGUUGACUCGGUCGGCCGACAAUUUCCAGUCGGAUCAGAGUGACAAAGAAUUUUUUAAGGAGUCGAGUUUCAUAGAACGUGCACGACGGCAGCGAGAAAUUGAGGAAGAAGCUGCGGCUCAAUUCGCUGGCCUGAGUGCGCCUGCCAGAUCUACAUCCAAUCUCUCGGCCAGACCACAGACUUCUCUUGAGCAGCUAGUUGAACGACAACCUGAAAUGAUAGAUGCCAUUGCCAGCGAUGAUGAAACCGAACAAGAAGACGAUAUGCAAGUACCCCGGUCACAAGAACUUCCCCAGUCUUCAGCCGAAGAAGACAAAGAAAACUUCGACGGUCCUCUUCUAGAUGCUGCUGCAAGUGCCCACGACCGAUUAUCUCAGGUACUUGGGUUUGAGCCAAUUCCCUCUCCAUCCCGCGUGAGAGUAGAUGAAGAGCUGGGGAAUGGGAUAGCUCAUGGAGGCUCCUUCGGCUCUCACAAUGGUGGUCAGCCGAACGGUGUCCUGCAUUCUUCCCAGGCCAUGGUAAAAGACUCUCAACCAUCACCUCAAUCAUCACCAAAACGCAUAGAAGCCGACAACACUGGGAGCAUGUUUCUUCGGUCGCCUUCGCGCUCUCAUGUGAAUUCUUCCACACGACACCGUCUUCAAUCAUCCUCUCCCUGUUCGCGACCACAAUCCAGGCAUUCGAAUAGCAAUUCCCAGAGAAAUGGCUCCGUGUCAAAUCAACCUGCAAGUCAAACCGUUCAGAAAGCAUCCCUUAACGAGAACGUUCCAACGCACUCCAGUAACCCCUUGGAGCAGCGACAUUUAAAUUCGUCGCUUUCAAGAGUGGACGCGGGAACUGCAGGCACCUCAUCAUCAAUGCCAUCCCGCGUGGCUGAGACACCUAUGAAUCAGCGUCUUAAGCACAUCGGUGAUCUGGCUCGAUUGACGAGUAUCCCAGAAACAAGUCCUAGUCACUCCCAAUGCAAUUCCGAGGCUGGGUCCAUUGGAGAUGGGCUGAACAACGAAGACGACGAUCUUCCACCUAUGUUCAAAGAACUCCCCAGUAUUCGAAAGAACCAUUUCCGCCCAGCUGGGACAAGGGCACUCUCUUCGCCUUUGAAAAAACUGUUGUCCAGUCCGGGUGGAGGCCAACGCAGGGCUUUGACUGAAAUUGCGGCAGAUCUUUCGCCGCAGGCUGGUGCAGGGGGAUUUGAUUUGGGAAUUGGGAUCUUUACCACUGAGGAUCAAGAGUUCAGAGCCUUGAUUGAUGGAUCGCCGACUCGACCGAAGAAGAAGCGGCGCGGCAAUGAUGGCUCGAGUUAUAUUGCCUCCGACCCUAUCAUACCUCUCACCCCUCGUAUACAGCCACCAAAAUCCGUUGCACCCAUUCGAGCAACACACGAACGAUCAACUCCUAAUCUUGCGGAUUCGGAUGAUGUGCCUUUGGUGCAACUCCCCGAAAAAGCCGUGCGAAGGCAAUCCAAGCUCCCGCAACGAGCCGCCGAGAAUGUUUGGGAAAUCGAGGGUUCACCUGAACAGCCGUUCCGCAGGAGAUCAAGAAUGGGCAAGGCAGCUACUUCGAUGCCUACACAAAAGAAGCACGUUCCAGAGAAGAGCUCCGGGCUUACUGCGAGAUCAGCACCCUCGCCAAAGGUUGUCGUUCAUAGUCGACCACCACCUCCAUCAUCACAACUCACUGAGGUUUCAACAACUAUUGCCUCGGAUGAUAUCAUUGAGCCAGAGGUGAACAGUGUUGAUGACUCCCCUACCACGCCUCUACCAUCUCACAAUUUAUCGGACAACUCUGUGGUUGCUCCAAGUCAGGUCCUUUCUGUCUGGAUGGGGCAGAAACGGGCAUAUUAUCCAGCGACAUGCUUUGGAACACCACUGGGCGUAUCACAGGUUAAAUACUCUGUGAAAUUCGAGGAUAGUCUUCCUGUCGAAGUGCCAAAGGGUGCCGUUAAGAGAUUUGAGCUUCGUGUCGGAGACUCUGUCAAAAUCGAAAUGGAUCAUGUUCCCAGAGUCACCCAUAUCGUCCGCGGAUUCGAUGACAAGCUCACCAGAGAAGAGCUUGCUAAAGCCGCCGACGAUGGUCUCUAUCCUAUAACCGACAUUUAUGGUCAUACCACUGUCAUAGUCGGUCCCAAGCAACGCAAAAGCCUGCCAAAUGGAAGGAUGGGCAAUAGCGAGAAUGUGAUUAAAGUGCCUAUCGCUCGUGUCUAUCUUGACACUAUCCUGUGGAACCAACUCAAAGAUCGGAUGUUCACAUAUCGCCCGGCGCCUAUUCUAGAAGAGAGCAUGGUCCAUACCCCAUCCGAAAGGUCAUCUGCGCCUGCUUCGCCCAGUUCUCGCUUGUCCCGCAGCAUUCAACAAGGCAGCGGGAUCUUCGCUGGGAUGGUUUUUGCCGUUUCUUACAAGGAGGACGAGGCAUCUAAGAAUCGUGUGACUAGGUUGAUCAUCGAGAAUGGCGGCACUGUAUUGCAUGAUGGAUUUACUGAGCUGUUCGAGCCUUCGUCAAUUGUUCCUGUUGAUACUCCUACCAAGGGUGAAGCGAAAAACGCAGACCUCAGUAACAAGGGUCUUCGUCUCACUGCUCUUGCUGAUGACGUUGGCUUUGCUUGUUUAAUUGCCGAUACCCAUUCUCGGCGAGAAAAAUACAUGCAAGCUCUGGCAUUGAAUCUCCCAUGCCUGGCCGGGCGAUGGGUAGAGGACUGUAUCGCCCAAGGUCGGGUCCUCGAUUGGGAGAUCUACCUCCUCCCAGCUGGUGACUCAAUGUACCUCAACGGAGCGACGAAAUCCAGAGUCAUGGCUCCCAACCCUCCAUCCACGGCCCGUCUCGCCGACACCAUCUCUGCACGAACAAAGCUGCUCGCAGGGCAAUCAGUGCUCCUUAUUAUGGGCCGUGGAAAGGUUGAGGAAAAGAGGAAAGCCUACAUCUUUCUGACUUACGCCCUGGGAGCUUCCCGGGUUGAGCGGGUUCCUGAUCUCGGCACCGCCAGGGCAUUGAUUGAAUCGCAUUCUGAUGCUGGUCUGUCAAGUAACUGGGACUGGAUUUACGUCGACGACGCAGAUCAAGCCGCAGCAAAGUCGAUGUUGAUGCCCAAACCGAAGACGCAGAGACUUCACUUAUUCCAUGGGAAGAAGCGUAGGAAGUCGAUUGCAUUGUCCACUCCUACACCCCCAUGUGAGCUGAGAUGUACUGCGAGGGUUGUCGGUAAUGAAUUUGUUUGUCAAAGCUUGAUUUUAGGUCGAUUGUUCGAGGAGUGA